AUGGCAUUCAGCAAGCGCCCCAAGACCUUGCUCGACAUCCUCCCGGACGAGAUCAGACGCCGCAUCUGGGAGCUGGCACUCGUCGAGGAUGCUCACAUCAACACCAGCGAUGCCAUCCUCGCCGCCGAACGAUACAACAGCUCAAAGUACCGCGCCUGCCGCGACGGCAAGGAGCUCCCCCCUCCACCCAACGAUGCCGUGAACAGCACGUACCCUCGACUUCAGCCUGCACUUCUCGCCACCUGCCACCAGAUCCGCCGUGAGGCGUUUGUGAUCUACUAUGGCGAGAACACCUUCACCGUCGAAAUGACACACCAACUCCCUGCGUUCAUCAAGCAACUAGACCACAAAGCCUUCCACGUGAUGAAGCCAAUCCGCGUCACCAUCGCACCCAUCGAAUUCUGGCUGCAGGCCAAGCACUACUUCGCAACUCUCUACCAACCCCCUCUAGACCCAGAGCUCCCCGACGAGAGCUGGGCGAAGCCAUUCUGCGCUUUGCCGGUGCACGUCAAGGGUGAAGGCACGGUGUACGUGACGGAGGCACAGUUGCAGAAGUACUUUGAGGAGCAGGUCCACCAGAAGAUGGUUAAGGGCAAGCGGGAUAUAGUAAAGGUGACGACAGUGUGUACAAUUGUGCGCAGAGCUUGCCCUCGCCUUGGUUCCCGCAGGAGGUUCAGCUUGUGA